UACAUGAUGCUGCUUCCAUUCUCGUGGGUACUGUACUCGUGGCUCUGCAGUGAGGCCGUGGCGAGUCAGCUCCACUGGCAGAAAACAAAGACCACUUUCAGCCCUCAUUAUGAAUCCGACCCCGCUGAAAGGAAUGCGCAGAGCCGGAGAUGGCGCACAGUUAUUGGGCAGGACAAUGGGGGGACGAGUGGUGUAAGAGCGCAGGACUCUUGGCUGGAUUCUGUAAAACUCUCUGAUCUGCAGGGGAAACAGACUCCACGGCGCGCUGUGCGUAAAAGCGACGCGCAAACUGUACCUGGAGCUUUACGCACGGAUGUACACAAGCAUGAUAAGCCGGGGAGGGGUGGGUGCCCUCCAGGAGAGGUACAUACACGAACCCCGCAUGGCAGCACAUGCAGAACCGGGAGGACCGGACACAGCCGGCGGCAGAGGCGGAGCGCAAAGCCCGGUAGGACGAAAAGGAGCGACGCGUUGGAAGCUCUGCCUGCAGCCAUGGCUCAGGAACAAGAGGCCGAGUUCCCCCUGGGACUCAACACCAGUGACUACGAGGAGGAGUACCCGCUACCAGACUUCCCCGACACCACGCCGGUCGUGCCGGGGGACACGCGGAGGAAGCAGGUGAAGAACCCGUUCUAUCCGGUCACCGCGGAGUCCUACGGCGCGUACGCGGUCAUCAUCAUCGCCGCCGUCAUCUUCAGCGUGGGGAUCAUCGGGAACGUGUCCGUCAUGUGCAUCGUCUGUCACAACUACUACAUGAGGAGCAUCUCCAACUCGCUGCUGGCCAACCUCGCGCUCUGGGACUUCAUCAUCAUCUUCUUCUGCAUGCCGCUCGUGGUGUUUCACGAGCUCACCAAGAACUGGCUGCUGGGGGAGUUCUCGUGCAGGAUCAUCCCCUACCUGGAGGUGGCUUCCCUCGGGGUCACGACCUUCACGCUCUGCGCUCUCUGCAUCGACCGUUUCCGAGCCGCCACCAACGUACAGAUGUACUACGAGAUGAUCGAGAACUGGGCGUCCACCACGGCCAAGCUCGCCGUCAUCUGGGUGGGCGCUCUGCUGCUGGCGCUGCCCGAGCUGUUGAUCCGACAGCUGGUCACCGAGGACGGCGACCCGCCCGACGUGGCUCCGUGCGAGCGCUGCGUCGUACGGAUCUCCACCGACCUACCGGACACGCUGUACGUGCUGGGCCUGACGUACGACGGCGCCCGCCUGUGGUGGUACUUCGGCUGCUACUUCUGCCUGCCGACGCUGUUCACCAUUCUCAGCUCGCUCGUCACCGCGCGCAAGAUCCGCCAAGCAGAGCGGGCGUGCGUCCGCGGCAGCAAGAAGCAGAUCCAGCUGGAGAGCCAGAUGAACUGCGCCGUGGUGGCGUUGGCGAUCCUCUACGGCUUCUGCAUCAUCCCUGAGAACAUCUGCAACAUCAUCAACGCGUACAUGGCCGCCGGCGUUCCCAGGAAGACCCUGGACAUCCUGCACCUGGUCAGCCAGCUGCUGCUCUUCUGUAAGUCCGCCGUGACGCCGGUGCUGCUGUUCUGCCUGUGCCAGCCGUUCACCAGAGCCUUCCUGGACUGUUGCUGCUGCUGCUGCGACGAGUGCGGCACGCCUCGCUCCCCGGCCACCGCCACCAGCGACGUCGAUAACGAGUGCACCACCACCGAGCUGGAGCUGUCGCCAUUCAGCACCAUCCGCAGGGAGGCGUCCACUUCUGCUGGGUACGCCGCCGUGGGGACGCACUGCUGAGGCGGACUGUGAUCAGAAACAUGGAGGACGAGUCGAGGCUGUAAACGUCUGAGACAUUAAACUGCAAACUCUGGAGCUCACUGGUGUUUACUGACGGACUGAAGGAGGUACUGUUUGUCUCUUCACUGUUUACAAAGUUUAUAUCUGAAAGAACUCAGUCUGUAUUAGAUACAAACGUUCCUAUGUGUAGUUCUUUUCAUUAACUCACCAGUAUUUCUACUGAAAGUGCACUCGGUCGUAUUUUUGUUCUCACUGUUUGUGACAGAAGCUGAGAGCAGACAUGGACCCUGGUUAGACCGUACACCCUGUUCCUUUUUCUAAGUAUCAGCAACAAAGAAAAUCAUCAUCACCAGUGGCCAUCAACAUCAUCUUAAGCAUCGAAUAACAAAGAGCUGGGUCUAAAACGUUCUUAAAUGUUGAACUGGACUCUCCACCUUGAAUGCAGUGCCUCGUUCCACCACCGAGGGACAACAGAAGACUAGAAUCCAGAUUUUGGAGUCUGAAGGCCAAAUUUGUUUCCGGUCUGUCUCUGAUCUGUCACAGCACCAGAUCUGAUAGGUUUCUAUUCUAGACAAUGUGUUAACUUCCACUGGAUCCAGCAGGUCAGAGCCCUCCGGAUCAGAUACGCAAGACUUCUAUUUUUAAAGAAGACUAAAAAGACGUUUUAUAAGAAAUAGAGCCCGGGUCAAAGACUUAAAGCCUCAAAGCCUCAAAGACUCAAAGACUCAAAGACUCAAAGACUCAGACCUCUUGACUCUGAGUACGCUGGAGCUGAGGAGUGAUUUAGGAACGAUCUUAGGCAGAGUUUAGACGUAGCAGCUGUUACGGCCAAAUUCCACCAGAUCCGUCUCCGAUCUGUCACAGCUCUGAAUCUGAUCGGUUUCUAUUCUACUCAAUGAGUUAACUUCCACUGGAUCCGCUCCGUUGCGUUCCGGCUGCAUCUCUCAUCCAGCAGCUUGGAGUCCAACAAUCUCAACAGAGCAGAUGGAGCGGGACAGGAAGUCAGGUUUCA